UCCUACAUCUACCGACCUUCACCUUGCUGGUAGGUCCACUAUCUCGCCGUAUCAGUAGAUAUGACAGGAUUCACGGUAAUUGUCGUUCUCAGCGUCUGUUGCUGCAGUUGCUUGAAAAUAUCGCAUGCACAGACGGCGUCAUGUUCAGAAUUAAAGGGAAGAUGUCUCCCAAACGCCUCAGACAUCCUCUGUGACGGCACACGUGACUACGACAACCGAGGAUGUUCCUCAGAAGACUAUUGCUGUGUACCUCACAAAACUAAAUCCUGCGCAUCACUCGGGGGUCACUGCCUUAAUGUCAAGUCGGCCCUGGUAUGUGGAGGGGAGGAGAUUCAGGGGACCCCGGACUGCGGUCAACAAGCCCAGGGCAACUACUGUUGUGUGCGCAAGGACGCUCAAGAUCCACCUAUGGAAGCCUGUGAGAGAAUGGGGGGCAGAUGCCAAUCUCUGCUGUCGGCCCUGGCUUGUGGCGGCAACAGGGACUCCAGUCAGUGCGGCGACAGCACCUUCACCUUCUGCUGUUACCCUCCAGGAAAUUAAAUAAAAUCUCCUCAUACA